AUGCCAGAUAUGGCAGAUUCGGACGCCAGCGCUGAGAAGGAAGUGCGUAUCUUCGAGAUCAACACAUAUAAAAAUCGAUGCCGUUGGGAGGUGGAGGAUGUGCAGAUGGCGUACUGCUUCUUCAGCGGCUUGCUGGCCGGUGAGCGCCCUAGCCAAUGCACCGGGCUUCUGUCGGAGGUAAAGAAGGCCUUGUUGAGCUCUUCCAAAUUCAAGCGAGGCGCCAAUCAGGAAGAGCUCAGCCCUGCGAAUGAUUACCUCUUUGGGGUGCUGAAGAGCCUUGCAAGGCGUACGUAUCUGAGGCAAUUCGUGAUCGAUGACAUCGAUUCUCUAAUCUCAACGGCUUUUGGUGCCGAUUUCGUCAAGGACACCGCCAUAUUCAAUCUAACUCUUACCCAGGAGGGUGUAUUAUUCCGAUCUGCACGUAAUCUCGACGCAAUCAGAGACUACUACGCCAAAGCCUACAAUAUCGAGAAUCUGAUGUCGAUAUUCUACUGGGUGGAGCCCCUUGUCGAUAUCGCAAAGUCAUCCAAAAGAGUGCAAUUCAUGAUGAAGGUAAUCUACGUCAACAUGUGCACGUUUACCAAGAUGCAUAUCCACAAACCCUAUUCUGCAGAUUACAAUAGGACGGCGUUGAAUCGAUUCUGGGACCGAUUGGGUGCAUCGGCGGCGUGGGAGGGCAUUGAUUUGUCGCAUUAUCACGUCAAACCACCCAAAACCAAGCGCAAAAAGGUCAGGCACGGCAGGGACGAGGACUUUGACGAUAUUGAUGACGACACGCGCUUCUUUAUGCUUCCCGAUGACGAUUCCGGAGGUGCACCUCAACCCGAGGAUACAGGCCAAGUUUUGGUAGAUUUGGCGGGCAACGACGACGAUUGGGGAGAGGAGGUGCGGUCAGAAGUGGCGCACGAAGAAACCCCUGCACGUGCGCAGGCUCCCCGUACUUCUAAUAUUGCGCCAACUCCCGGUAUUGCGCAGACUCCUCGUGCGCCUACCCCUGCACAAGAUGUGCCUGCUGCACCAGCUACGCCUGCUGCACCAAUUCCGCCUGCUGUACCAAUUACACCUCCUAGGGCGGUUGCGCCUAGUAUUGCGCCUACCACGCCUACCACCACCACCACCACCACCACCACCACCACGACGAUUUCGCCUGGUGUUGCUCAAGCCGCAACCCUUGCACCUGCCCCUGCGCCUGGAAGGAAUACUAGAGCUCGAGGCAAAAAAGCCCCACGUGGUGCUGUUUGA